AGAAGUCCAUUAAUUGUAAAAGAAGCAUGGCUGGAAGUAGCAAAAGAAUUAGAUGAUAAAUUUGAGGUUGAGAAUAUAAAGAAACGUUGGCGAAAUCUUAGAGAUUCUUACAAGAAAGCAAGAAAGAAGGCAACAGCUUAUAUACCUAGUGGCUCAGCAGCAUCAGCAUCAGACAACGAUGACAGUUUUCGGUUUUAUGAUCAAAUGACAUUUUUGAACGACUCAAUAAAUUCUAGACCUACAAAGAGCAAUAUCUCACAAGAUUCAUGUGAUUCCUUCAACCUCAACGAAGUAAGCAACUCUGAUGCACUUUCUACUGCAAAUGGACAAUCUAUUGACAUGGAUUCCAUUGGUGAAACAUCAGGACAUAGCAGCUCAUUUGAUCAUAACCAGUUUAAAGAGCACACUAAACGCACAAGGAAACAAUCGGUUGAUGCUGAAUUUAAACAAAGCAUUGUACAAAUUUUAUCAGACGCUAAUAAACGAGAUAAUGAUGGUAUUGAAGGCUUUCUAAUGCAACUAGGUGCAAUUAUGAAUAAAUUGCCUUAUAGAGACAGAAGAAUACUUGAAAAAGAUAUUAUGAAUUUAGCAUUUGAAGCAGAAGAAAAGACGGGCAUUCUAUAAUAUUGAUUUUCAUACAAACUUUUUAUUUACUUUUAAUUUGGUAGAAGACAAAUUAUAAUACUUAACCCUCUGGUAGUAGACUAUCAGAAUUUAGUUUUUUAUUUUUAAUUUAAUUUAAAUUUUUUUAAAUUACGUCUGGGUCUGUUAGACCCAGUCUACUACCAGAGGGUUAAUUCUAAUACAUAAAAUUUAUUUUUUUGUUUAAUACAAUAUUU